AGGUCAAUAAAUAAACUGAGCUUUGUUUAGUGAUUUUAUAUGUAUUGUUUUUUAAAGUUGCUUCAUGCAGUGGCGCGCUUGGUUGAUAUCAAAUGUUAUUAUCAGUAUUAUAUGCUUUAUUAUGUUAUUAAUCAUAUCGAUGAGCGAGCAUAGGUGUUAAAUACGAGUUCAGAUCAUGCUCAAGGGUCAACUAAGCACAUUAUCGCUCUGUGGUCAAUAAAAGCAGCACUGCUUUGUAAGAAGUCAACAGGUGGUUUCGUUUGACGAAGAGUCUGAUCGUCCCGACGCAGCCAAUUAGUAAGGUUUGUCACGUAAACAAAACAUGCCAAUUCGUUACUAGUUCAGCACACUGGUGUGUUGGAGAGCGACAUUUACAUUUAGAAUACGACGCUUCGCCCGUAAUUACAACCAGCCUCAUCAGGCGACGGCCAGAGUUGUGGAGAAAUCCUCCUCCUGUUUCGCUUUUAAAUAGGUCUGAUCGUCCUCGCCGGAACGUGGAAUUUCCACCGCCCACUCAGCGAGGCCGCUGAUGUACAGAAGAGGUUCUACCUCUCGGCGAGCGGGGGGGGGGGGUAAAUUUACGACGUCUGACUGUCAGUACUAACAAGGUGAUAACGGUACUGAUAUACAAGUCAUUUGGUGGCAUUCAAAUACGUUUAGACCCAUUGGGUCAAUGUGCGUCAAGGGGCGCCUGCCUCGGUUCCUGGCCCAGCCGUGCAGAUGGAGCAGUGUGGGUGGUGCCGGUUGCGAGACCGGGGAGCGACAAGAGGCUGUUGGUGGGGGGAGCUGUCGCCGGGCAUGGAUUGGGAAGCGCGGAUGCACGCGCACGCCCCGAGUAUUUAAGUGGCUGCUCGGGAAGCUUUAGAUCCAGUGGAACUGGGAAAAAACAUGAAGAGAGAGAGAGAGAGCGCGUUCAUCCUCUAAGCCACAUCCAAUCCCCCAAGAAGUCUCAAUCACCCCCACCAGAGGAGGGAAUCACGCAGGACCACCAGCAAUAAUGCACUGCCCAUAGGAGGAGGAAGCGCACAUCGCAGCUCGCAGUCCCCACCGUCGUCGUCAUCGUCGUCAUCGUCGCCGUCGUCAACCCCCCGUGCCACCGACACUGCCCGCCGCCACCCUCGGCGCCUCCCGCGGCGCGCAGCGAUGGACCUCGCGCCGUGGAGGAACGCCAGCCGGACGCCCCGCCACCACAACGUCUCCCACGCGGCUCCCAACGCCGCCGACCGGCCCGAGGACGCGGCGGCGGCGGCGGCGGCGGCGGCACGCGACGAGCGCCUCGCCGCGGCGGAGAUCGCCCUGCUGGCCGCCAUCGUCGCCGUCGCCAUCGCCGGCAACGGCUCGGUGCUGCUGGCGCUGAGCCGCACGCGCCGCAAGGCGUCGCGCAUGAACCUCUUCGUCAAGCACCUGAGCGUCGCCGACCUGGCCGUGGCCGCCUUCCAGGUCCUGCCGCAGCUGUCGUGGGACGUGACCUUCCGCUUCCGCGGGCCCGACGCGCUCUGCCGCCUCGUCAAGUACCUGCAGGUGGUGGGCAUGUUCGCGUCCACCUACGUGCUCAUCGCCAUGACCGUCGACCGCUACCUCGCCAUCUGCCACCCGCUGAGCACGCUGCGCCGGCGGGGCGAGCCGAGGAAGCAGGCGCACGCCAUGGUGGCCUGCGCGUGGGCGCUGAGCGCCCUGCUCAGCACGCCGCAGGUGGUCAUCUUCUCGCUGCGGGAGGUGGAGGAGGGCGUCUUCGACUGCUGGGCCGACUUCGGGCAGCCGUGGGGCAUGCGGGCGUACGUGACGUGGAUCACGGUGUCCGUGUACGUGGCGCCCGUGGUCAUCCUGGCGGCCUGCUACGGGGCCAUUCUGCUCGAGAUUUGCAGGAACCUGCGCCUCAAGACGCGUGGCCGAUACCCCAAGGACCCCCGGGGCUCGCAGUCUCAAUCGCCCGUGUGCUCGCGCGUGAGCAGCGUGCGCUGCAUCUCCCGCGCCAAGGUGCGCACCAUCAAGAUGACGCUCGUCAUCAUCGUGGUCUACGUCGUCUGCUGGACUCCCUUCUUCGUCAUCCAGAUGUGGGCGGCCUGGGACGAGACCGCACCAGACGACGACUCAUCCGACCCCACCUACACCAUCGUGAUGCUCCUUUCGAGCCUCAACAGCUGCACCAACCCGUGGAUCUACAUGUCGUUCAGCGGGCACCUCCUUGAGGAGGUGAUGUCCUGCUGCCGCCAGGCGCGGUGCGCCACCGCGUGCCGCCGGCAGCAGCGGCGGCGGCGGUGCCGAACGCCGACGAGGCGCGGGGCGGGCUCCCCCAACACAGAGCACGUGGUGGUGUACGCACUGUCGCCGGCACCCACGCAGUGCCGCAGCUCCCCCGCCACCGCCGCAGGUGGCACCGCCACCCCCCCCGAGACGCGGAGAUCCGCAGCGCCGCUGUGGUCGCCAGCGUUACCGUAGGGGCCAUCGCACCACCGAUUACAGCGGCGAAAGAAGUUCAACGUGCGGUACCGCCCGUGCCGCGAUUUUUGCCGAUCUUAAAGGUGCAUUGAGAUAUGUGGUACUCCCGACUGAUGCUCCUGUUGUUUGUGGAGUGACUCAUGCAGCCAGCUGUGGCUCUAGGGUUUGGUGU